UAACAUAGACUCUGCUUCAAUGGAGAAACUGUCAUAAAAAAAGAAACUGUAAAUUUGUUGAACAAAUUAGUUUAAUGGAGAAUCCUUAACACUAAACAAGAGAGGAAUAGAAUGAAUCGACGGAACAAUGUCACUUGAAGUUAAUGAACCUAAGCAUUAUUGGAGAUAAUAUUGUGUCCGGCAAGGGCCACUGAAGUGAAAUGGAGGAGAAUUCACAGAUCGAUUUUAAGGUGAAGAAAUUCGACCAACCAGAGCUCAAUUUUUCUAUUGUCGAUAAAACAUUAAGUAAUACAAUGUUGUAUGAUACUAAAAUAAAUGAAUUACUUGACAUCAAAGUGCAAGAACUUCCAAAUACCAGUCGUUAUGUUGGAAAUGAGAUGGUUCUACGGACCGAUUCUAAGGUGAAGAAAUUCGAACUACCAGAACCUCAAUUCUCCAAUAACGACGAAAUAGAUAGCAUGAAGCUGUACAAUGCAAAAAUAAAUGAAUUACUUGACAUCAAAGUGGAAGAACUUUCCAAUACAAAUCGUGUUUCUGGAAACGGAAAUAUUUUACAGAUCGAUUCUAAGGUAAAGAACUUUGAUCUACCAGAACCUCACUUCCCCAGUUUAAACGCUGGAACCGAUAAUAUGAAACUGUAUGAUACGAAAAUAAAUGAAUUACUAGACAUCAAAGUUCAAGAAGUUUCGAAUACAAAUCGUGGUUCUGAAAAUGAAAACAAUCUCGUUCCCGAAGGAUCAAAUUUUGAGCAACCCAUGAUCGAUUCCGGGGUGUUUAGCAGCAUUGGAACAACGUCUUCAACGUCUCCCGAUACUUCCACACGACCUCAUGAAUGCGAGUAUUGUGGUAAACGAUUUGGCUCGAAGAGCAAUCUUGCCCGACACGAACGUGGCCAUCGGGGAGAAAAACCGUUCAGUUGCGAUAUCUGCCACAAGGGGUUUGCAGAAAAACGCUCGGUUCAACGUCAUCAAUCUGCACACACCGGUGUGCGACCAUUUAAAUGCAAUAUGUGUGGCAAAAAUUUCGCUCAGAAAAGGAACCUGAGCGACCAUAUGUCUGUUCAUACGAAUGAAUAUAGGCAUCAAUGUGAUGUUUGUGGCAAAGGGUUCAACGCAAUUUAUCUACUAGAGGAACACAAACGCCGGCAUAAUACCGUGCCGACGAAGAAGAAGAAUAUUGGGAUAGUCUACUACUUGCAAGGUAAAGAGAAUUCAUCGGUUACGCCGCCGACCACACCCGACACUGCCACCGACUCCAUACGGCGAUACGAGUGCGAUUUUUGUGGUAAACGGUAUGUGAAACGGUAUCAGCUUGCUGAACAUUUCCGCUCACACAGCGGUGAACGUCCUUUUACUUGCGAUGUCUGUGGCAAGACAUUCUCGGGGAGUGGUUCGCUGUCGCGCCAUCGAAAAAAUUCCCAUGCUACCGAGCGGCCGUACAAAUGCACCGUGUGCGAUAGAGCGUUUGUAGUUAAAAGUAAUUUAACUAAACAUAUGCCCCUUCAUACGGGCGAUUAUCCACUUACAUGUGAUGUUUGUGGAAAGGGAUUCAAUACAGCCUUCCGACUUGGAAAACAUAAGCUUGCUCAUAUUAGUGAUCCGACACUCGGAACGGAAAAAAGGAUCAGAAAACCAAGAAAGAGGAAGGCAGUUACCGUACAUAAAUGCGAAACAUGUGGCAAGGUACUCACCAAUAAAUGGUCACUUGUCCUGCACCUUCGAGCGCAUAAUGGAGAGAGACCCUACAGUUGCGAAAUCUGUGGUAUGAAAUUCAGUAGUAGUAGCGCUGUUGGGCGCCAUCGAUUUACCCAUACCGGAAAUCGACCGCACAAGUGCACAAUUUGUGGCAAGGAAUUCACUCAACGGUAUACUUUUGCCGUGCACAUGUCGCGCCACACGGGAGAGCGGCCGCACAAGUGUACCGUUUGUAAUAAGGCCUUCGUUUUGAAACACAAUCUUAAAGUUCACAUGGCGAUCCAUACGGGCGAACGACCAUACAAAUGUAACGUAUGUGGCAAAGAUUAUGCUUACAGAGCGGCCUUACAGGAUCACAAAUUCCUGCAUACCGGCGAGCGUCCGUACAAAUGUACACUAUGUGAAAAGGAUUUCACCACAAGAAGUAUUCUAGCUAACCAUAUGGCUCUGCAUACCGGCAAUUAUCGACUGAAGUGUAAUAUUUGUGGCAAAGGAUUUUUUGCCACAUAUCGCUUGGAGAAGCAUAAACUCAUUCAUGCUGACACGUUUUCCUGGUUGAAUUGAAAGGCACCGUUUGAAUAUUUCCAUUGACCGUACAUCUUAUUUAUAGCGACCCAUCGCAAUCGCAGAAUUAUUAUAUUGAGGACCAACGAGUAUUCCUCUGUUACUCGAAUUUCUAGUUUUUCAUCGCAAUUUCUCAUGAACUAAUCGUACGCUAUCCUUUAAGUUGUUCAAAUGAAUAUCAAAAAUCGUUAAGUAAUAUCUGAAGAUUUAGCAAUGAAUUAUAUUUUUUGUCAGCUUCAAGUAAGUUUUUCAA